UAAUCAUCAGUAGGGCUUGUAAUGUUAUCGAUUCACAUGUGAAUAUUUGCAUACUGAAUGUUGAUUGGUUGGUAGCUUUCUGUAUGAGAGGCAGUUGAUUUCCAGUAAAGACGGAAGCUAGACGCAAACAUGUGUGCUCUUGGUUAUUUCUUGGGGUUCCUACGCCGAAAAUGGAUUGGGACUCCGUAAACUUGCCGGAUGCAUGGCGGAGAUUUCGUCAGCAUGUCCAGCUCAUGUUCGCCGGGCCGCUGCGCGACAAGGAAGAGGAGACCAUGUGUAGCUAUCUGCUCCUUUGGGUAGGUGAAAAGGGGCGAGAUGUUUAUAAUACAUGGACAUUAUCAGCCGAUGAAUCCAAAAAACUGCAGUCUUACUAUGAUAAGUUUGAAGAGUAUGUCAUGCCAAAAGCAAACCCGAUUUUUGCGAGGUACAAGUUUCAUGAAAAAAUACAAGGAGAGCACGAGACAUUCGAGCACUUCGUUACAGAGCUUAAACUUCUUGUGAAAGACUGUGGGUAUACAAACAGUGACGAAAUGGUACGGGACCGUAUUGUUUUUGCAACGAACUCCCCAAAAGUCAGAGAAAAACUGCUAAAUCAAAGUGCUGAUUUAACACUUGAAAAGGCUAUUGAUAUAGCACGGUCGCACGAGGUUGCGCAAGACCAGCUCAGGAUGAUAAACUCACGUGCAACCGCAGCACAUGACCGUGCAGCACAUGCAGUGAUAAGCAAAAAGUCAACAUCAGACAGACAGAAACACGGAGCAACCGCGAAGGAAGCGGAUAGAGUUACAGACAGAAACAGGCCAUGUGGCAGAUGUGCACUGCUACACAAUCAGAGGGGUGCGUGCCCUGCAAAAGGCCGUCGGUGCAAAAUAUGCAAUAAACUCAACCACUUCGCAAAAGUAUGUAAAUCAAAACAACCUGUUACACAUAAAGCUAUACACACAGUGGGAAAUACAGACAUCUUGGAGGGGGAUGAGCUGUUCAUUGAUGCAAUUAAUAAAGAGCAUGAAAGCACAGAAUGUGAACAGGCUUUUGCAGAACUUGAAUUAGGACAGAAAGCAAGCAAAGUUAGCUUCAAAUUGGAUACUGGGGCCCAGGUGAACAUUAUUCCAGCCGGUAGAUUUGAAAAGCUUUUCAGCACAACAGAACUGAAGCCCACAACACGCCGUCUUACAGGCUAUGGUGGAGAGCCACUGGAUGUAAAAGGAACAUGUCAGCUUAACUGUAGAUACAAAGACACAGAAGCGGUGCUGGAAUUUUACAUUGUGAGUACACAUGCACCUCCCGUGCUUGGUUUGAGAGCAUGCCUGGACCUGGGGUUGAUAAAGCUUGUCUUUUCAGUUGAUGCAGAUACAAGCAAGACCUGUGAUAUCAUGCAAGAGUUCCAGGAUGUUUUUCAUGGGAUCGGUGAAUUUCCAGGAGAAUGUACUAUACACAUAGAUCCUACAGCUGUCCCUGUCGUGUAUCCGCCCAGGAGGAUUCCUUUCACGCUGCGCAGUCGACUCAAGGAGGAGCUGGACAGCAUGGAAAAAUCAGGCAUUAUUGUUAAAGUGACGGAACCCACAGACUGGGUUAAUGCCCUGGUUGUUGUUGAAAAGCCCCGCACUGGAAAACUCAGGGUAUGUUUAGAUCCCAGAGACUUGAAUAAAGCGAUCAAAAGGCCGCAUUACCCCCUGCCGACACUGGACGACAUAACCCCAAAACUCGCUGGAGCACAAUUUUUCAGUGUGCUUGAUGCAAAAUCUGGGUACUGGGCAAUCAAGCUGUCAGAGUCAUCGUCAAAAUUGACAACAUUCAAUACUGUUGUGGGAAGGUACAGAUUUCUACGUCUACCUUUUGGACUGGUCUCUGCUCAAGAUGAGUUUCAGAGAAAGAUAGAUGAGACUUAUGAGGGGCUCGACGGAGUUGCAGCCAUUGUAGACGACAUACUCGUCUUUGGGAAAACAAAAGAGGAACAUGAUGCAAACUUGCGCGCUGUGCUAGUGAGGACCCGUGAAAAAGGAGUACGCCUCAACCCAGACAAAAGUGUGAUAUGUGUCCCUGAGGUCAGUUAUUUCGGGCACAAGUUAACACGAGAAGGCAUCAAACCUGACCCAGAAAAAAUCAGUGCGAUAAGAGACAUGAGCCCUCCAAAAAAUAAGUCAGAACUGGAGACCAUUUUAGGCAUGGUUAACUAUUUAUCCAGAUUUGCGCCAAAUCUGUCUGAAAUAAAUGCACCCAUGAGGCAGCUCCUGAAACAGAGCAGUGAGUUCGUGUGGGACGCUACUCAGAUGACAGCAUUUGAGAAGAUGAAAGAACUGAUCACACGAGAGCCUGGUCCUGUCCUGUCAUACUAUGACCCUGGUAAAGAGCUCCACCUACAGGUCGAUGCGUCAAAAAGCGGCCUAGGAGCCGUACUGCUCCAGGACCAAAAGCCUAUUGCGUAUGCUUCAAAAUCCCUCACACCAACAGAAGAAAACUAUGCGCAGAUCGAAAAGGAGUUGUAUGCUGUGGUGUUUGGAUGCAAACGUUUUCACGCAUAUGUCUAUGGCAGAAAGGUGAUUGUCGAGUCUGAUCACAAACCAUUAGAACCCAUCCUGAGAAAGCCUCUUGCAGCUGCGCCUCCACGCCUCCAGAGAAUGAUCUUACAACUACAGAGGUAUGAUAUUGAAAUUGUGCACCGUCCAGGAAAAGACAUUCCAAUAGCAGACACGCUGUCCAGGAAGUCCAUCUCGUACCGACUCAAAUCACUGGAUGAGGAUAUGGAUGCACAAAUUCACACAGUUGUAGAUAAUCUACCUGUAAGCGACAGUAAGCUAACGAGCAUCCGAAAAGCAACAGAGCAAGAUCCACAGUUUUCUUCCCUGAGAAGUGUCAUAAAAUCUGGAUGGCCUGAUGUGAGGAAAAAGUGCCCCUAUAACCUUACUGAGUACUGGAAUCACAGGAAUGAGAUCUCAGAGAUCGAUGGGCUUCUGUUUAAGGGUGAGAAAAUCAUCAUUCCACAUGCGCUUAGGGCAGAAAUGUUAGAGCGCAUACACACUGGACACAUGGGAAUAGAGAGGAGUAAGCAAAGGGCCAGAGAUAUUUUAUUUUGGCCAGGCAUGAACAAGCAAAUUGAAGAAAUGGUGGAAAGAUGCACCACAUGCUUAGAGCGUCGCAAAUCCAAUGCAAAAGAGCCCAUGAUAUCUCACCAGAUACCAGAACGUCCCUGGCAGGUCGUUGCAACAGACUUGUUCAUGUGGAAUGGAGAUGACUAUAUAAUAGCCACAGAUUACUAUAGCAGAUUCUUCGAGCUUGAGAGACUUCACUCGACCACAUCAUCAGCAGUCAUCCGUAAGCUGAAGGCCAUCUUCGCCAGGCACGGUAUACCUGAAAAAAUAAUUUCAGACAAUGGCCCACAGUUCAGUUCGCAUGACUUCAAAAACUUUGCAAUUCACUGGGACUUCAUGCACGUAACAUCUAGUCCACACUAUCCGCAAAGCAAUGGUCUCGCCGAAAAGACUGUACAAACAGCAAAGGCCAUGUUGAGCAAAGCACAGGCUGAUAAGAAGGACCCUUACCUCAGUUUACUUGAACACAGGAGCACUCCUGUUGAUGGAUUUAAGUCUCCCUCACAGUUGCUGAUGAGUAGACGUCUUCGCUCCAUCCUCCCUAUGUCCGAAAAACAGCUACAGCCUCAGGUCGUGGAUCAAAAGCUGGUGAAUGCGAAAAGAAAGCUAAAGCAAGCAACACAGAGGCAGUACUAUGAUCGCACAGCACAGCCAUUGUCAGCAUUGGCACAAGGGGAUAAUGUUCGAUUUCAACAAACCAAUGGUCGAUGGAUGCCCGCCACUGUUUUGCAACCUGUGGAUGCACACCGUUCAUACCUUAUCCGUACUCACGAUGACCAAGUGUUCCGCCGUAAUCGUCGACACUUAAUGGAAACCAAAGAAAUGGCAUCAGAAACAAAUGAGCCAGCACCUGAGAGCAUGCACAUUCCUGCACCUGUGGAUACAGGAGGAUUGAAAGAAAACAAUGGUAGCAUGCAUCAAAAAGCGGUGACUCCUCAGUUUACACGCUCUGGUCGCAUGGUGAAACCUAGAGACAUUCUUGACCUAUAAACCUCUGACAUUUGGUAAAAUAAAAUAAAACAAGUGUGGCAGUAGUGGGGACGUUACACACGAGAGUAUUUCUGAAUGCAAGUUCUGCAUUUCAUUGGUUAUGAAACCUUAGUUCAUUUGUUCUACAAAUACAACGUUAAGUAUUGUCCCGAUGGGAACCGAUAUGUUCAAGGGAAGUUUAAUUUUGCAAUAUUAGACUUAUAUGGUAACAAAGUAUUUCACAAAGAGGGGGAUGUAAUGUUAUCGAUUCACAUGUGAAUAUUUGCAUACUGAAUGUUGAUUGGUUGGUAGCUUUCUGUAUGAGAGGCAGUUGAUUUCCAGUAAAGACGGAAGCUAGACGCAAA